AUGCGGAUUAACCAAGUUUGUCUCGCGGUCGCGGCCUCAUGUAUUGGGAAGGGAGCUUCGAGCCCGAAGUUCACGUCGGCUUCCGCUCAGCAGGCAGCGGAGUUUGUAUCUCAGCUCACCGUCGAUGAAGAGAUAGGCAUCGUGUCGGGUGGCUAUAGACAACCAAGCCCUGCAUGCGUAGGCUCCAUUGGCGCAAUUCCCCGACUAGGUUUUGAGGGAAUAUGCUUCUCUGACGGACCAGCUGGCUACGCUAGAUCUGACCUAGUCAGUGUAUUCGCGUCUGGUAUCACCGUAGCGGCAAGCUGGGACGUUGAUCUUAUGUUCAACCGCGGUGUGGCUUUGGGGGAAGAAUUCAGAGGAAAGGGUGCCCAUGUUCACCUGGGGUACCCAUCUUCAGGUCCUAUAGGCCGCCAUGCUGCUGGCGGGCGAAACUGGGAGAGUUUCGGACCGGAUCCGUAUUUGGCUGGCGUAGCUAUGAAUGCCUCUGUCCUGGGCAUCCAGUCCACGGGUGUCCAGUCAUGCUCCAAGCACUAUAUUGGUAACGAACAGGAGCUACAGCGUACUUCGACAGUCAGCAAUGAUGGCACAGUUACUGAGGCCAUUUCUUCAAACAUUGACAACCGGACCUUGCAUGAGCUAUAUGCCUGGCCUUUUGCCAACGCUAUCCAUGCUGGUACCGCCGGUAUUAUGUGCUCCUAUAAUCGAGUCAAUGGGCUUUACGCCUGUGAGAAUUCUGCUACCUUAUCUAUUCUCAAGGAAGAGCUCGACUUUCGCGGAUAUGUCGUAUCAGAUUGGUAUGCCACCCACGGUACGGCCAGCUUCGCCAACGCAGGGCUGGAUAUAGAGAUGCCAGGAAAUACGAGUGCUGCGGCUGGAUCUCACUAUUUCGGCGACGCACUCCUCAGAAUGGUGCAGAACGGGACGGUGACCACAGAUCGCCUAACUGACAUGGCGGAGCGUGUUCUACGACCUUAUUUCUUGCUCAACCAGGACGAGGACUUUCCAACUGUAGACCCUUCGGGCGGUGCCGUGUUUCUAGCCUACCAAAUCGGUCACAAAGCUCAGCCUCAUCUUGGUGGCUACCCCAUGCUUCCAGCUCGCAACGUACGCGGGAAUCAUAAGGGGUUGAUUCGUGAGCUUGGGGCUGCCGCCACUGUUCUCCUUAAAAACGUCAACAACACCCUGCCACUAAAGAAUAACAGCGAGGUAGGCGUGUUUGGCAACGCUAUUUCCUACCCUACCGUUGGCUCCACAUUCCGAGAUGCAGAUCAAUAUCCGGAAGGCUACGAAUACGGUACAAUCGAUAUAGGAGGCGGCUCUGGCACUGUGCGGCAUACACAUCUCGUGACUCCUCUACAAGCAGUGCAGCGACACGUCGAAUCCUACGGUGGCCGGUUGCAAGUGUCCUACGCGAGCGAGGGCUUUGACAGGCCGAGCAUUGAGCUCCCCUGGAACUCCACGGCGUUGGUAGAGAGCACUGCCGCGAUUUGCCCCAACACGGUUGUCGUUAUACAUAGCCCUGGAGUAGUCACUCUGCCCUGGGCUGACAAUGAGAACGUGACCGCGAUUUUCUCGGCUCAUUACCCUGGCGAGGAGAUUGGAAACUCCAUUGUCGACGUUCUUUGGGGAGCUACUCCCCCUUCUGGACGUCUUCCCUACACUAUCCCUAAGACUCUGGAGGAUUACGGGCCGCCCAUAUUCAACCUCACAACGCCUACCGCGAGCCCUGAUUAUGAGUUUGGUUUCGGUCUUAGUUAUGCCAAAUUUGAGCUGGAAGGAGAGAUUGGCGUACAAGUGCGCGGCGCUCUCGCCCCGACCGCAGAAAAGUCGAAGGGUACUGCACCUGGUGGGCUCAAAGAUUUAUGGACUGAGGUCCUCACUGUAGAUGCACAGGUGAAGAAUAUAGGAGUGGCUGAUGGGUAUGCGGUGCCCCAACUUUAUGCUGCGUUCCCCCAGGACACCACGCCGGCCCAAACACCUGUCCAAGUACUCCGGGGCUUUCAGAAGGUCUUUAUUAAAGCAGGAGAAACCUCAACGGUGAGAUUCUCCUUGAUGAGGAGAGAUGUGAGCUUCUGGGAUGAGAAGAGCGAGCAGUGGGUGAUCCCAAAAGGUGACUUUACUUUCAAAGUCGGGUUUAGCUCUCGGGAUAAGGCUGCACUGCAGGCUACGGCUAGUCUGCUCUGA